GAAAAAAUCUACUUUACGUUAUUAUAAAAUUUAAAAAUCAAAUUUAGUAAUUAAACACAUUGCUUACUUAAACACAUUAGUACACAUUGUUAUUUAUCAAAAUUUUAUAUUAAUACACAUUGGCGAUCAUGUAUAACAUUUAGUAAAAACAAAGAUAAAAAAAAAAUGACUCCCGCUCGGUCGAGCGGGUAAUGAUCUAGUAUAUAUUAGAAGUGUACUCCUAACUUGGACAAACAUUACAGUCCCAUUUAUAACAUAAUGGACAUGAAUAUUCAUAAACUCAACCAUCUCACAUAUAUAAACAUAAACAAAGAAGUUAUACACAUCAAUGCAAUAUUAUAUUACGUUCUAAUGGAUUAAUAUAAACAAACACAGAUGCAUAUGUGGGGACAUGGAUCAGAGUUCAGAAAAGGAGGGGACUCAUUGAAAGGCACGACCCAACCCGCAGCUAUCCUGCGCCUUCCAUGUUACUGCUGCGCGGAGGGAUGCAAGAACAACAUCAACCAUCCACGUGCCAAGCCCUUGAAGGACUUCCGUACACUUCAGACACAUUACAAACGUAAGCAUGGCUCAAAGCCUUUCUCUUGCGGCAAAUGCGGCAAAGCGCUGGCCGUGAAAGGUGACUGGAGGACUCAUGAGAAAAACUGCGGGAAGCUUUGGUACUGUACAUGUGGAUCAGAUUUUAAGCACAAGAGGUCUCUUAAAGACCACAUCAAGUCAUUUGGUGACGGACACUCUCCUCACCCUUCUCUUUCGUUUGGUGGGUUUGAGGAGGACACGGAAUGUGUCACCACAGAGUGAUGACGUUAGGUAAACUGGUGGGGACUGUGGGGAAUCAUCGGUCCAUAUAGGUAAGAUCUGAAUUUUCGAAUGUUGCUUCUUAACUACGCCUGGCCAUUAAAACAUCUCAAGUCUAACAAAGAAUUUCUAUCUUGAAAAAGGGAGAAAUUCUUUGUUAGACUUAGACUUGAUAUAUGCAACAAAAUAUAACAAUUUAGCAAAGAAAACGAAGCAACAUUCUAAAAUUUAGAUCUUCUUAUGGGGAUAUAUAUACGAUGAGUCUACAUAGAACCUGCUGUCUAUCUAACACUUGUAAAAUUUGAGGUCUUGAGCGUUUUCAAGUAUUUGGUGUGUUUUAGCUCUCUAUCUAUUACCAUGCAUGUUUAGGGUGUAUUGCGACUAACCUUAAGAAGAGGUUAAUUAAAAUAAUGCUCACUAACAAAAACUUCUCUUUCUCCGAGGGAUGUAUUUGUCGGGGAGCAUUUUGUUGCUUGUGUAAACCCCUACCUAUCUAAGCAAUUAGUAAUAAGCUUGUUUGUUUCCUGUCUUAAUUAGAGUUUCCCUUUUGUUUUUUUUAUUAAGGGUGUGGGUUAUCUUGUGAAGCACGUAAAUUUUCUGUUUCUCUUAUUCAUGUAUUUGUAUUAGAAGAGAAAAUUGGUGUGCUUCACAUCCUCAAUGUAGACUCUUCCUUAUGUAUUGUAAUCUCUCUUUUCAUUACAUAUGUGACACGUGCUUCCAAUC